AUGUUAGAUAAGAAAGCAGACAAAACUUAUGUAGAUGCAGAACUAACAAAGAAAUUUUCGAAACCAGAUACAAUGACAUUUACAACAGAAAUUAUAAAUGGUGAACCAGCAACUCCAUUUGAAUUUGUUAGAGGUCUUCAACCAGAUACUUUUGAAUUUUUCUUGGAUAAUUCUAUUGAACUAACAUUACAUUAUAAAAGUGGAACAAAUGCAACAUUUCAUCCGGGAGAUACAUUCCAAAUGGUAUUUAAUGACAUAAGUUCUUUAGAAUAUGUUUAUAGAGUUAUGAGCAUAUAUGAUUUAAUAUAUCCUAUAGGAGCUGUUUAUACGUCUAUGAAUCCAAUAAAUCCAAACACUUUAUUUGGUGGUAGAUGGUAUGAAAUAGUUGACAGUUUUCCAUUCUACACUAAUACUCAGUCAAUGAAGAUGGGAGGUUCAAAGAAAAUAGGUAUUGAAAACCUUCCUUCACAUAUGCAUAGGUUCAGUGGAAGAACAUCUGUGGAAGGAAACCAUUCACAUUCAAUAACAAAAAGAGGUUAUACAAAUCUUGCAGCGGGUUCGGAUAGACAGGGAAUGCAUAGAUAUGAUAUCACAACUGACCCCAAAGAUGUUAGCACAGGUAUUUUCUGUGGAACUGCAGGAAAUCAUACACAUGUUGUAGCUGGUAUUACAGACCCAGCAGGUAAUGGAAAAGAUUAUAUGCCUCCUUAUAUAACAAUGCACGCUUGGAUACGAGUUGGUUAA